UAUCGCUUGUUUUUACAAUGUUAACAACAUCAUUGUUCAUUUACCAUUUGAAUAAACACGUCUUGUCUGAUCAACAAAUUAAUGCGCUUUGUAGAGGGAAUUGGCUUUACCUCUUUUGUAAUCUGCCAUUUAGAGCAAUGAAUGAAGAAAGCAGCUCUUUGAUAAAUAGCGAUACAGUUGCGUUUGGAGAAUCAACUUUUAAUAGACAGUGCGCGAAGAAAACAACAAAUGUGGCAUUUUUAAAAGUUCAUAAAGCGGGAAGCACAACUGUCAUGAAUAUUUUCCUCAGAUUUGCAGAAUCAAACAGUCUUAAUGUUAUGUUACCAGUGCCAGACAACUAUUUGGGAUUCGAUCAAACUAUUAAUUUAAAUAAUAUUUUACCACCGCCAAAACAUCAGACAUACAAUAUAUUGUGUCAUCAUGUCAUCUAUAACAGAUCUGUCUUCCGUCAGUACAUGCCACGUGACACAGUUUUUAUAGCAAUAGUACGAGAUCCCGUAACACAAAUUAUCUCUGCAGCACAGUUUUUCGACCUCUUUAUUGACCUCCGUAAAAAACUUGGCAAAAUACCAGGACAACGACUCAUGACUACGUUCCUUCAAAACCCUGACAUUUGUACUAAGGCAGAGCAAAAAUUUGUGAAAACUCGAAUGUGUUUAGACUUCGGAAUACCUCGCGAAGAUCUGACUUCCAAAGAUAAAAUUAUGUCUCAUUUGGAGAUUUUAAAUGAUGACUUUUCUCUGGUUAUGGUUAUGGAAAAGUUUGACGAAUCUUUGGUUCUUCUCAAGCGAUACUUAUGUUGGGAUAUGAAAGAUAUUGUCUACGUUCCUUUAAACAUCCUAUCAAGACAAAGGGAUGAAAAAGUGGUCAUAGAAGGACAAGAUCUGGACAACUUAAAGAAAUAUAAUUGGCCUGAUUUUAUUUUGUAUGAAUAUUUCAAAUCUAACUUUGAGAAAAGAAUAAGUGAAGAAGGGAACGACUUUAAUGACGAAGUUAAAACUUACAAACAAAUACUUUCACAAGUUGGAAGAUAUUGUAAAAAUAAAACGAAAACAAUGGAAGGUAUACAAAUUGAUAAAACUAGAUGGAAUUCUGAUUUUUUUAUUUCAAAUCGAGAAUGUGCAUUUAUAACUAAACAUGAACUUGUUCUCUUGGAGCAGCUUAGAUGGAAGUACAAACAAAAACUGAGGCAAAUGAACUCUUAAUACACCUGUCGUAAUUUUUUAUGUGAAAGGAAAGGAAUU